AUGGCCAAUCUCCUCACAAUCCCGCUCAAGAAAUCAUAUGAAGUCGACAUCCAGACGCCCGUCAGGGACUACAUACAGCAGCAUUGCGCCGCACAUCCAAAUCAGUUCAAGGACGACAUCGAGCGGUGGCAGAAAUUGCGAAGAGACUAUGUUGAUGGCGGGAUACACAUGGAUCGGGUUGACGCUGCGCUUAGGUAUCACGCACAGCUAGUGUGCAUUCUGGCAAAGCUCCCAACGGAUAUCAACCUCGCGAUACCAUAUGCCCAUGCGUUCGCCUCUCGGAAUGCGUUGCCUAUAACCUUGAAUAAUCUCGCGUUCGAAAGGGUAUGCGUACUGUUCAAUAUCGUUGCUUUACACUCGCAACUCGCGGCCGCGGAAGAUCGGUCCAAUCAAGAAGGUAUCAAGCGUGCCGUCUUGAACUAUAGGAAUGCUGCAGGGACACUGCAUUAUAUGAUCACGAAGGCCCUCCCGAGCCUCCACUUUCUCCCAGAUGACGAAGUCCCUGCUGAUUUAUCGGAGGACUUUCUAAAAUCCUUGGAAUACCUAAUGAAGGCACAGGCCGAGGAAUGCGGCUGGCAGAACGCCAAACUAGCUAGCGUGAAGAACGGUCUUGUGGCUCGACUCGCACAGAAGACAGCUUCUGAAUACUCAGCGGCCGCAGACGUCAUAGCCCAUGCGUCUCCUGAGACAAAGGGCUCAUUCCCUUCGCAUUGGCUUCCCCACCUCGAGGCCAAGAGAUCCCAUUUCUACGCGGUGGCACAAUAUAGAAAGAGUAUUGAUGAGAAUGAGGGCAACAAGUACGGCGUCGAACUGGCGCGCCUAACUUUAGCCCAGUUACACGCAAAGACGGCUUACGAUCGAGCGCGAAGAGGUGGCGUCGUUCAGACUGUCGUGCAAGACACUAAAUCUCUGUUGGACAACGUUGCCAAAGACAUCGCCAGAGCGGAGCGCGAUAACGACCUCAUCUAUCAUCAAGAUGUGCCAGCGCACUCAGCCUUGCCCGAGAUCGUCAUUGCUUCACUCAUUCCGAAGAUCGAGCCGCCGACCGGACUUACGCAAAUACACACCCUUAUUUCUGAUGAUCAGGUUCUCUUCAAGGACCUCCUUGCCUGGGCGGCACGAGAAGCUAUCAAUAUUUAUAACGACAGAAAGCAGAACCUGAUAGAAGAGAGGAUAAUAAGUGCUACGCGUGAUCUAGAUGAGUUGAUAUCGCAGACACUGCGUGAACUCAAUCUGCCUGCCUCGCUCGAGGCGCUGGAACGUCCGAUAGGCUUACCCCCCAGUCUCUUGAAGAAAGCCGAGGAAGUUCGGUUAGCGAACGGCCCUGCAACGAUCAAUGCAUCCAUCGAGGAUGUGCAAAGGUUAGCGAAGCAGGAUAUGGAUAUAUUGAAUGAGGCGUUAGAUAUCUUGGACGAGGAGGCGUCUGAAGACGAAGCUCUUCGGAAAGAGCGCCCACUCCCUAGACCUCCUUCACAUGAAGCCAAUGCAGUUCUCGUCGAGAAAGCCAGCAGGUACAGGAAUAUUCUCGAGGAAGCAGCGAAGAGCGACGAGUUUGUCCGUGAGAAGUGGGAUGAUUGGGAACAGAACAUUGUUGAGCUUACCUGGGACCAGGCCGAUCUUGAGGCUGCUGUGCCGUCAUCUACCAUCAAGGCCACAGGGCGCCUAAGCGCCGCUAGUCCGCCUACCCAAGUCAAUGCCCGCAAAUUACGUGCUCUCCUAGAUGAUAUCGAACGCCUCAAGCGCUCGCGAGCACGCAUCAUCGAACAAGCCCAGAAUGUAGCAGAAGCAGACGAGGAAGUGAUUCGAAGUCGCGUCGUCAGAGUGUCAGCCGGCUUUGUCAAGUGGGCUGACAUGAAACCUGCGAUGUUUGAGGAUCAGUCAGACGAAGAGUUGGCAAAGUAUGACGGGUAUGUUAUGGAGGUAGAAGAAUCCGAAAGGAAGCAGGUCGACCUUCUUGAUGAGAUUCGAGCCCGCAACGAAGUCUUCGUCCAGUCUCGUAAGGAGGACCCCUCGGUCAGAGAGCGCGAAGCUGCGCUACAGUCACUAGACCUAUCGUAUCACAAGUACAAGGAGAUUAAGCGGAAUCUGGAAGAGGGCUAUCAAUUCUACAACGACCUUGCGAGCAUUCUUCUCCAAUUUAAAGAAGCAUGCAAACAGUGGCGUACACAACGCAAACAAGAAAUCCAGUAA